CAGUCUACACUCUUCAGUGACAAUUCUUGCUCCCGCGCAGGGCAGCGAACAGUAAAUGCGCUACAAAGAACCUACUAGAUAUACCGUUGCGCGCUGUAGGUUAAUUUAGUUUUCCAUAAUACCAUAGACGCACCCUUCUCAAUUGCACACUGAAUUCAACGCGCUCGCGUCGCUCACUAAAAAGUAGCACAUAAAGCCGAACCUAUGCUCCCGUAACCCGCCCGGUCACCUUUGAGGACAGGAUAAAUCACGUCAUCCUGCACGACAACAGACACUGACAAAUAUAGUUUUAAAUCUGUCGGAAGAAAUUCCUUUCAUUCAGAAGUCAGCUUUAAUUUUCAAGACGACUUUCGUAUUCGCUUUUCUGCGUCUCUUUUAACAUAUAUAUGGACAUCACAUUGAUUAGUAGUUUCAUAACGAAGGCAAGUGUAAUGGUUUUAUUAUACGAUUAACUAUGGGUGCUAAUAUCCUGGAAUCUAAUAUAAGCACCAACUUCACUCCCGGCGGCUACUCGGGGACAGUCCACGAAACUGGAGCGGCUCACCCGGGCUAUAUGAUGGUGAUUCUUGCCGUGCUUAUGAUUAUUCUGGUAGUCGUGGUUGUGGCUGGCAACGCACUUGUUAUCCUGGCUUUCAUUGUUGACAAGAGCCUACGAAAUCAAAGCAACUACUUCUUCCUCAACCUGGCCAUUUCUGAUUUUCUUGUUGGUGCAUUCUGCAUCCCUGUAUACAUCCCCUACAACCUGACAGGCCGCUGGGUGCUGGGCAGAGGUCUCUGUAAGCUGUGGCUCCUCAUGGACUACUUGCUCUGCACUGCCUCUGUCUUCAACAUAGUCCUCAUCAGCUAUGACCGGUUCCUCUCCGUCACCAGAGCAGUGAAAUAUAGAGCUCAGCGGAGCAUGACCCACCAUGCUGUGGUGAAGAUGGUGGCUGUGUGGGUGUUGGCCUUCCUUCUCUAUGGCCCUGCCAUUAUCUUCUGGGAGCUGGUUGUGGGUAAAAGCAUCGUCCCUGCCGACGAGUGUUUCGCUGAGUUCUACUGCACCUGGUACUUCCUACUCAGUGCAUCUACGUUUGAGUUCUUCACCCCCUUUAUCUCUGUGACCUUCUUCAACCUGUGCAUCUACCUGAACAUCCAGAGGAGGAACAAGAGCAGGGCUAUCCGUAAGGAGGACACCAAGGCACACAGGGACAGGGGCAGUCUCAGGGACGGGGGCGCUACCUUGUCUGUGUUUUUUGUCAAGACUCGCAAGGUGUCAUCGAGCGAGCCAACCGCUGUUUCAGAGGUGAUAGAGGAGGACGAGGAGCUGUCGCCAUCCUCCAGUGGGGAGCCCAACAGCGGACACACCUUCAUUCAGAGAAAGAAGGGCCCUUCCUGCAGGAAAACGUCCAGGCUCCUCCAAUUCCAGGCCCCCAUCGUGCCAUCCAGCAGGAGCUCAGAGGGCUCCCGCCUCUCCCGCGACAAGAAGAUUGCCAAGUCGCUGGCCAUUAUAGUGUGCAUUUUCGGGAUCUGCUGGGCACCUUACACCCUACUGAUGAUAAUACGAGCGGCCUGUAGCGGGCGAUGUGUGGAGCACUACUGGUAUGAGGUGACAUUUUGGCUCUUGUGGCUGAACUCUGGUAUUAACCCUUUCCUUUACCCUCUCUGCCAUAGCAGCUUCCGAAGGGCUUUUGCUAAGAUACUGUGCCCCAAGCGUCAGUCUGUCCAACCUCACAUUGAGAACCAGUCUUGCUAG